AUGAACAUAAGCAGCAAUAAUAGUAGCAAUGUUGGAGGUGUACACGAAGUGAGUGAAUUGGUUGCAGCGACGGGUGGCAUAGCUGACAGUACAAACAAUGUGGUUGGUAGUGUCCUACAAGAUGCUGCCAACACACUGACAAAAGACACCACUGGCAAUAUUGAACACAACAAUAACAAUUAUUUAAACAGCAGCGAUUUGACUACAACAAUUAUAAAACAAUCGCCGACAUCGCCGCCACCUUUAGCUAACUCGCAUAUGUCUGCAGGUGCUGCAGUUGCUGCUACUGUUGUACAACAACAGCAGCAGCAAACUAAAGACAAUCUUUUCGCCACAACAGCAACUGACAUACAGCAACAACAACAACAACAGAUUCAAAUUAAUAACACUGCUGAGAACAAUUUGGGCAAUAUGAUUGAGAACAACAAUAACAAUAGCCACGGCAGCAACAAUUUGUUACGUAAAAAACAUGACUUGCCGCUAACAUGUCAACUGUCCAGUGAGCUUGUAACGACAAGUCAACAAAUUAACGAACGUCCACCUCCGCCGCCAUAUCACGCAACUGCUGCAGCUAAAGUAUUCCAUGCACAAGCAACCAAUUGCACCAGCAACUCCAACACCAACACCAACACCAGCAAUGAAGCACUUUCGCAUGACAUAGCAAUCAAUCCAACAAGUCGUCUCACUGCGUAUGAGCAAUUUCUAAAAUUGUCUGCGCAGGAGUACAGUGUAUCUGCCGCUGAGAGCGCAGCUGCAUUGAAUUUAAGUAGUUUAGGCAAAGGCAUGCCGAGCACCGUUUCUGCAGAAACAGAUAUAAUGUUGCGUCAUGUCAAUGUUGCUGCUGCAAUGGCUGCGGCUGCGGUGGCUAAUGUAAGUGGUUCCAGCAUUGAAUCUACAAAUGCUGUCGCCGCCACUGAAGAUGUUUGUGAGCAUAAUUAG